UUUAAAAAAAAAAACUUGCAUUUACUCACGACGACGUAGCAUUUCGUACGAUUUAUUAAAGAAAAGAAGGACUUGAAUAAUUUAACAAUGCCAGCUCCAGCUAGUUCUACAUCAGUGGGUAGUGGUUCCCAGUCACCUAAUAAACUAUCUGCACCUCGUUCAGCGGGAAGUGGUAGCAAUUUGAAGCAGCGUAAAACUACUAGUAGCACUGGUACUGCUCCGAGAAGCAGAGCUGCCGGUGGCGCUGGAACUGGUGGUAUGUGGCGUUUUUAUACUGAUGACUCUCCUGGCAUUAAAGUUGGUCCUGUUCCUGUGUUAGUUAUGUCAUUGCUAUUCAUAGCAUCUGUAUUCAUGCUUCACAUUUGGGGUAAAUACAAUCGCUCUUAAAUGGAAUUAAACACACGUCAACGUCAUCAAAAUACAGUUGGCACUUUAAGGCACAAACGUCAAUGUAAUCUUUUGUGUUUAGAUUUAAGAUUUUAUUUUUUGUAGUUUAAAAGACUGGAACUAAUUUUAAAUAUCUAUAAAAUAACUACAAAAAAGAGUUAUUUCGACAUAACGAUAAAUAAACAGUUUCAUAUUUAAGAAUACAA